GUGUCAUUCGGUUCGGUCAUCGCGAAAGGUGAAAAUAUGGCGAUAUUUUUGUGCGAGUUGUGAAAAUUUUCCACCCAAAUAGGAGUGAUACAUUUUGUGCGAUUGUGUCCAGUCUUAUCCAGGGUUUGUCCUGGAAUACCCAGAAAAGAAGCAUGAGCUAUCAGAUCACACUACAGGACUGUAUCAACGAUAAUACGUUCGAUAUCGAUGCCUUCGAGAGGGCAAUUCAGCAACAAGUGCCGCAGUUUUUUCAGAGCCUGGCCGAGGAAAAUCCUCAGUUCGGCUCGCUGGAUUUGAUUCCCUCCGGAGGGGGAGGAAGGGCUAAUAGUGCUCAGUCACAUUCGAAGGACGAUCAGGAACAUCAGAGUAGCGAAACUGGAAGCGGAAGCAGCAGCAGUAGUGAAAAUAGCAUUCUGGUUGAAUUUGAGAAAAUUGAUGAACAGGAGGACGGAGGUAAUUAUGAAAACAAUACUCUAAACGAAGAAGGAGAGUCAUCGCAUGCUACUAUCACAAUCGAGGACUUCUCAUUCCAGGGACCUGAUAAUCAAGUGCUGGCCCGAUACCGGUGCAACUAUGGGAGCUGUAAUCGCAGCUACAGCACGGUUGGCAAUCUGCGAACUCACAUGAAAACGCAUCGAGGGGAAUACAAAUUCAAAUGUACCGAAGAUGGCUGCACCAAAGCGUUUCUGACUUCGUACAGUCAAAAGAUUCACAUACGGGUGCACACGAAGAUCAAGCCGUAUGUCUGUGCUGAAUCGAGCUGUCGGAAGGCUUUCAACACCCGGUAUCGGCUGAGGGCCCACGAGCGGUUGCACAAUGGCGAAACGUUCAACUGUGAGAUCUGUUCGAAAUUCUUUACCACAUUGAGCGAUCUCAAGAAGCAUUCACGGGUGCAUACUCAGGAGCGUCCUUACAAAUGCAAGGAAGAUAAAUGCGGCAAAGCAUUCACGGCUUCGCACCAUUUGAAGACUCACAUCCGUACCCAUUCGGGCGAACGACCGUUCUCCUGUUCGGUAUCUGAAUGCCACAAAGCGUUCAGCACUCCCCACAGUCUAAAAUCGCACACCAAAACUCAUGAGAAACCUAAGAAGAAACUAUCCAAAUCAGCUAGAAAGCAAAAGAAGUUAGCUCAGGCUAUCAUCAAACCAGACCAAAGCAUAAUUAAAGAAGAGAUAUUACCCCCCUUGGAGGAUCCAGUUGUUGAUAGCAAUGAUCCUAUCCCACUGGAAGAACCAUUGGGUGCACCUGACCUAGAAACAGCGCCACAUCCCCAAGACGAGACCGCCUUCAAUUUGGUUGAUUUUCAUGAAUCCAAAGCUUUGGAGAUGGCUCUCGCGUCGGAAGAAGAGUUCAACGCACCCUGGGUGGACAUUUCCGUACUGGAAACGAAACCCCUCGCAUUGGAUCCGGUAACAUCGUCCUGCGUGGCUCUUCCUACCAGCGUUCCUUCCUACGUGGAUUUGCCGUUCAAUGUCAAUGUCGCGGACUUUGCCGAUCCGGAACCAAACACCGGUGCCGACUUGUUCAUGGAUGCCUAUUACGAUCCAAACUUGAUGGAGGAAAACGCCCGCAAGGAAAUCGACGAGGCCAUACAGAUAAGCGAGCUAAAUGUAGCGCAGCAGGAACAACUGGGAGGCGUCCAGGACACGACGGAUAACAUUUUGAACGAGUUGUUCAUGGAAGGCUUUCUCCCUUCGGGUACGGAUCAGCAGCCACAGGAUGCUAACAAUAACAACUGUUCAGGACCUGCGAAAACCUUGAAGGAUAUUACGGCCGAAGCGGAUAUAUGCCGCUGCGUAAACUGUCAGUGCGAUCCUAUGCAAGGUUGCCUCGGAGGUUGUGGUCCGGAGCGUCCUUGUAGACCUCACUCCAAUUCUAAUUCUCAACAGCAACAGCAACAACAGCCUCAGCAGCAGUUAGUCUCUCUUCCUCGACCGAUGCAGACCUUCAAUCUCUAUCAGAAUCAGUCCCAACCCCAACCAAUAGCAGUCCCGUCGUCGUCUUCUUCCUCGGUUCCAGCACAGCUCACCGGAGGAAGAACUGAUGGCUGCUGCACUCCUCGAAAGGAACCUCCCGUUAGAGCCUCGUGUUGCUCGAAAAAAUCCCCAAACCCUGCGGCGGAACCCAUCGGGGACCUCCUGACCAAUUUGCUCGGCCAGCAAGGCUGCAGUUGUAGCGGCGCGGCCGAGGGAGUCUCCAAGGGGUGCUGCGUGGUCAUCUGUUUGAAAACGUUGGAAACUCUCAAGAACGUCCUCUCGAGCCAGUCCAACCUGAUACGGUGCCAUAGUGCCGCCGCCAGUGCCAUUGCUAAUUGAUAGAUACCCAAGUGCCCCCAAAGUGCCAAAUCAUAGUUUAAACGUAACUUAUUGUAUUUGCUGUAAAAGUGCCUUCAUCAGGUCUUUCGCGAUCAAGGAUUUUGCUUAUUUUUUAGGAUUAAAAGAAUGCACGCAAGCAUUCGUUUCGAUUAGACCAAAU